AUGGAGGAAAGGCCAGAGGAGAAAAUGAAGGGGACGGAUGAAGCCCUGCCUAACCCUAGGGAAGACGGCAAGGUCGAGCUGACCGAGGAGGCUGGGUGGCACGCUACGGCCUACCCGUGGUCAACUGCAAAGAAGUGGUGGAUUCUCACCGUCAUCUUCUCGGUCCAGAUGUCCAUGAACUUCAACACAUCCGUCUGGCCAAACGCCAUCGAGGAGGUCUCGUCCAAGUUCGGUGUCAGCAGCCAAGCAGCCCGCACGACGCAGAUGAUCUUCCUCGUUCUGUACGCCUUCGGCUCAGAGCUUUGGGCGCCCUUCUCCGAGGAGUUCGGUCGAAAGUGGGUGCUCCAAAUCUCCCUCUUCUUGGUCAACAUCUGGCAGCUGUUGGGCGUCUUCGCGCCCAACUUUGGCUCUCUGAUCGUCGCACGAGGUCUUGGCGGUCUUUGCACGGCCGGUGGAUCCGUCACACUGGGCAUGGUCGCCGAUUUGUACGACGUCGAUGCACAGCAGUACGCUGUAGCCUACGUUGUCCUGUCCUCCGUCGGUGGUACUUCGGUCGGACCAGUCGUGGGUGGCUUCAUCCAGAACUUCUCCACAUACAACUGGUUCUUCUGGGUACAGCUCAUCUUUGGAGGUGUCGUUCAGAUCAUCCACCUCCUUACGGUCCCCGAGACGCGUGCUACAAUUCUCCUCGACCGCGAGGCCAAGCGCCGCCGUAAGGAUGGAUCGCACCCUAACAUCUACGGUCCAAACGAGCUCAAGGAGAACCGACUUUCGGUCAAGGAGUUCGGCAACUAUAUCAUCCGUCCCUUUGAGAUGUUCGUCCGCGAGCCCAUUGUGCUUUCGAUGUCGCUCCUCUCUGGUUUCUCCGACGCCCUCAUCUUCACCUUCCUCGAGGCCUUCCAAUAUGUGUACAAGCAGUGGGGCUUCCAGCCUUACCAGGUCGGACUCGCCUAUGUGCCCAUCAACAUCGGCUACCUCUUGGGCUUCUUGUCCUUCCUGCCUAUCUGCCACGCUCAGCGCAAGGUGCGCAGGAGUUUGGGAUCUGAUGCGCUGCAGCCCGAGGCUCGUCUUUGGUGGCUCCUCUACACGGCCCCUCUCGAGCCGAUUGGUCUCUUUGGUUUCGCUUGGACAUCCCUGGGUCCCCCUCAAGUCCACUGGAUCGCCCCUAUGAUCUUCUCGACGCUGAUUGCCAUUGCCAACUACUCAAUCUACAUGGCUACAAUCGACUACAUGGUCGCGGCCUACGGCCCCUACUCGGCCUCAGCCACCGGAGGCAAUGCCCUCGCCCGUGACUUCCUCGCAGGUGUAUCCGCCAUGUACGCCUCCCCGCUGUACCAGAACCUGGGACCCAUGUCCCUUGAGUGGGCCUCUACCUUGCUGGGCUUCCUGGCCAUCCUCGUCUGUAUCCCCGUCUACAUCUUCUACGCGAAGGGUCCCGAGAUCAGGCGCAGGUCCAAGUUUGCCCAGUCGCUCGCCGCGGGCAGAAAGAAGCACGGCGGCCACCGCAACUUUGAGAACGCUCAUGCUGAGAACCCGGGUCAUCUCGAGGACCCUCCUUCGAAUAUCAACUAA